AUGAGCCUGAUCGUCCAGCGGGCGUGGCGACCCACGACCACGAGACCUCAUCGUGUCGCGACGCAGCGGCGCUUCAAGAUGUUUGAGCGCAGAGUAGACAAGAACAACAAUGUCUACUACACACUCUCCAAGCGCCGGCCUGUCCAGGAUCCAAACGUGGCUCCAAGUAGCCAGAAAUUCUUCGAGAUGCCCAACCUGUUACUGGACCUCGAUGCGGAGGGAACCCGCAACGUGCGCACCUUCGACGACAAGGAUGAGGAGCAGCAAGUGGCCAUAUGGCGCGUCAAUCCUAAACGCGAACAAGUCAAAUUGAAGCUUGCCGACUUGGAGAGCCAGCUGAUCGAGUCGCGCAAGCGAGCGCAAGACGUCGCUGCCAGCCCGGCCAAUAUAUGGCGGCUGAGCUCGCACGAUCUCCUGGCUGCCGCGCUCUACGGGCCACCCCGCAGUGACAGCGGUGCUGUCACAGAGACUCCAUGCCCAGACACCCUCGAAGGCUCGCACCUAGUUGAUGCCUUGCGUCGAGAAAACGGCAUUCCGGGUCAUGUGAGUGCCUCGGACGCUCUGCUGCUGGAAUGGAUGCUCUCGCGCCGCUACAGCACCGACAGCACAAAGAGCAAAAACAACGAGCCUUUACUCAACGCCUUUGGCCUUGUGGAGUCUCUGCAAUCACAGACCUCGAUUGUCGGGAUACGGCGGCUACUGCGCAACAACCUGUGGUCUUUCACAAGCAUCAAGGCCUACUUUGGCCCUUCCAAGAAGGAGCACGGCGCUGCGGCUGAUGUUGCCAGUGAGAUUCGAAGACGGUGUAUCGAUAUACUGGGCUUGGGAAAGAUACAAAAAAACCAGGCCUUGAACUGCCUCGCGCUGGUUGGCGGCCUGUUGGAGAAGACGUCGAAGGGGGGGAUGGAACCUGAUCAGCGCUUGCUGGGUCUGGCCCUGAGAGUAUCCCCUUGGAGCGGUUCUCUUGUCGUUUUAUCUGAAUGGAUUCGCCAUAUCCACACAACCAUAUCAUGGGAAGAAUGCUCCGAGAUUGUUGAGGAUGCGGCAGCAUGCAUCCAAAGUUGCUCCAUGUUGCUAGUGACGCAGCCAGAGACAAUUGCCGACCGUCAGCUGCUGCUGCAACUUUUGACCGGCCUCGACGAAUAUGAGAAGAUUUCUGCCGAAUCCCUAAGGUCGAUUAUUUUGAGCUGCUUGAGAGGAAAGGGCUCCAAGAGCGUAGCAAGCCAAGUAUGCGGCGCGUAUGCGAAGCUUCUCGGCGAACUAGGAGCUGUACGAACAUUGCUCAAAGAAUCAGAGAGCAAAGACGGGGCUCUUCGUGAAGCUUGCAUUGCUGUCUUAAAGGGUACGCUGAAGUACAGCGAGACCUUGAAAACUCAGGGCGUCAAGAUGCUGUCGAUGGAAGAGAUGUGUCCAGCAGACACACCCAGGGCCGCGGAGGCGGCGGACGACAGCAACGGCCCGCCGUCACCAGAGUCCCAAUACACCGCUUACAAUACAAAGAGCGAGACCGUCAUCGCCGUUGAGGAAUUUUUCAUGGCUUCCACUGAGUCGAUCAGAUCACCAGAAGAAGGUAUUGAGAGGCAGAUUGAGCUGGACGAGGGCCUCAAGGUCAAGGACGAGCGUCAAGACGAGUCCUUCACAAGUCAGAGUUCCGCUGGCUUGGAAGACAAACAGAAUGUCAGCUUCAAGAGAGAAGCAACCGAAAGUUCCGACGCCCAGGUCUCCUUCGAGUCCCGGUCGAGCGACACUCAGUACCAGCAACAAUGGCGACGUAGCGCAGCGCCGUCACCGGGCUCUUCGGUCGCCGCCGCCGCCGCCGCCGCCGCUACCGCCGUCCGCGACUACAAGCUCAUUGACGACCUGGACGUCCUAGACAUUCUCGACAACUACCCAUUGAUAACUACAGUGUGGGCCACCACCGUUCCCUGCCGGUGCGGUACGUACGAGUUCGUCGGCUUGUGCGGGCAUGUCGCCCGCACCGAGGAGUACAAGUGCCGCGAGACUGUCGCGCAGGACUCCGGCGAAGUCGUUUUUUGCAACCUCCCAGUACCGCGUCACAUCGCCGACGCCUACGUUCUCAACCGGGCUUGCCCGAGCUGCCUCAAGCUCGAAGACGCCGACUUGCGAUUUCCCGCACCCGUCCGCAAGAAAUCCUACCCUGGCCCUCACGCCGGCGUGUUCGAGCCGUGA